AUGUUCGGCUACUUCCGCCCGCCCACGACGUGCACCCCGGACCAGAAGCGCAAGUUCAACGUGCCCGACGCCCACGACGGCCACGAGAGCCGCGGCGACUCCUCCGGGACGACGGCGCAGCAGCAGCAGCAGCAGCAGCACUACUCGCGGCGCCCGUCCCUCUUCCCGCUCGAGGGCGGCUGCGCCUGCGGGCGGGUGCGGUACCGCCUCGAGCGCCCGCCCCUCAUCGUGCACUGCUGCCACUGCACGGCCUGCCAGCGCGAGACGGGCUCGGCCUUUGCCGUCAACGCCAUGACCGAGCGGCGCUACCUCACGCGCCUGGGCCCGGCCUCGGUCCCAGCGGCAACAGCGGCAGGGCAGGCUCCUCCCCGCGCCUCCGGCGACGACGACGACGACGACGACGACGGCCUGCGCAGCUACGCCGUGCCCGCGCCGUCCGGCGGAGGGACCACCGCCGUGCGCCAGGGCUGCGCGUCGUGCGGGGUGGGCCUGUUUGGAUACCACGACGGCCACCACCGCGGGACGGCGCCGGACGACGUCGUCGUCGCGUUUGUCCGCGUGGGCACGCUGGACCUUCCGGGCCGCGAGGCGCUCGCGCCCGACGCGCACGUGUGGACGCGGAGCAGGCUCGACUUUGUGCAGGUCGGCGGCGACGGCCGGCCGCAGUACGACGAGUUCUACGAGGACUGGCGGGAGGUGUUCCGGCCCGACAGCGUCGAGAGGUUCGAGGCGCUGGACGAGGCGGUCCGGGGCCGCGCCGGGAGCGCUAUGAGGGCUGCUGCUGCUGCUGCUGCUGCUCCUGCGUCGACGUCGUCAUCAGCUGGGGGCGGAGCAGCGGGUCGGGGUUGCCGCUGA